AUGCUGCAACGCCAUAGAAACAGCAAAGCCAACAGCAACCGGAACCACGGCAAAGAUGUCUCGACAGCAGCAGCGGCAGCAGCAGCGGCGGCAGCAGCGGCGGGGCGACGAACACGAAAGAUAGUAACCGUAGGCCGCAGGAAGAUUUGGAUUGUGAUCACCUCCUUCGUUGGCUGCUGCUUCUGCAUAUGGCUUCUCUUUUCCUUGUACGUCGCGAGCUCCUGGGAACAGUCGGAAGCGAGGCGUGCGGUUCGUUCCGGCAAUGUGCGGGACUUCCAAGGCAUCACGAGAACGAACAGCAACGAAACCAACAGCGGCAAACCUCGGAUAGCGAUCAUAUCGAACGCCGUAGCCUUCCCGUUUGGGUCGGCUACGACGGCGCACUGGAGCCUCUUUAAGGAGUACUUUGCCAACAAGGACUGCUACGCGAACACCCAUGGCUACGACCUCAUCAUUGACUCCAGGAACCAUGUGAACGGGAUGGGUUUCUACACCGACGAGAACGGGCACAGAGGCGGCACGAACGUGCACUUCAACAAGCCCUACCUCAUCCGCAAGUGGCUGCCGCACUACGACUGGGUGCUGUGGCUGGACAUGGACGCUCUGGUCGUGGACCUCGCGAAACCGAUCGAGAAGUUCAUCGAAGAGGUCGGAGGGCAGGAUGGCGACAUCCACGUCCUUGUUCCCCAAGACCAGAACGUGCAGUUCUUCUUUAGCGCCUGCUCUCUGCUCUUGCGGAACAGCCCGGAAACUAUGGAAAUGGUAGAAGACUGGUUUGCUCUCAAGGACACGUGCCCGUACGCGAUGUACGACGAUCAGAGCCGGCUCUACGCGGCCAUCCUGAGAAUGCAGCUCAGGUGGAGAGGGCAGGAGGUGGAUCGAUCGGACUACGCCACGACGGACUGCCUGGACAUGUGCGAGAAGAAGGAGACGCAGGGGGAGUUUAGCUGGUGUUUCGACUCGGCCGUGCGUGCGAUGGGGAUCGACCGAGUUCCGAAGCUGUACCCGCCGGUGGCGUACAGCCGACUACCCACGAGAAUGUUCACCAAGGGCACCGACACCGGCUUGGUGUUCCAGGGCCAGUUCGGGGGGAUAAAGACGCACCCUCACCUUGUGGAGCACGCCUUCUCGGUGCACACGAAGCCCUUCUGCCAGAAGAGCUUCCAGAUAUGUUCCCCUUUCGUGGACGCGAUACUGGCGCCGAACUACCAGAAGGGAAUGCAGAGGUGCUACGGGAGAGGGUGGGUGGCCAAGCCCUACAUGGCGCUGGCAACCCUGCAUGAGGGGGCCAAGUCCGGCCCUGCGGUCGACAGCGAGGUCUUGGGUGUGCACGUUAAGAACACCAGCUCCGUUGAAGCGUUGGUGCCGGGGCUCAACGUUCCUUUCGGCAUCCAGUUCACGGGCAUGCGGGAGAGCCAACACGCUAAGGGGGGGGGCGGCGGCCGUGGCCCCGGGUGGCGUCAGAUGGGCACCAAGGAAGACAAGAGGUUCUGCUUCGCCAGCCUCCCCGGGGCGGGGGGAAGGGAGUUCAUGAGGCAGGUACUGGGGCCGCUGCUGCUCCAGCGGUUUUGCACCCUGGGCUCGUGCGACGGCAUCAGCUUGAUCAAGGCGACGCGACGAGCACACAGGGAGCAGACCCCUUGCAAGAUUGCUAAGGUUUACCAGGUCUUCCCCUACAACCUCAUGUCGGACUACGCCACGAACUCGAGACAGCCGUUCUGGCACAUGUCGAUGAUCAGGGACCCUGUUGACCGGAUCCUGGCGAUGUUUCUGUCGCUGAAAGCGAGACUGGCGGAGGAGGCAUCCCUGAGAACGGACGAGGCGUUGUUCGACAACGGGGAGCCAAGCGGGGUCGGGGUCGGGAACUACUGGAGCCGCACCCUCAACAGCUGGUGCGGGGAUACGAGCUACGUUCAAUACGGCGGAAACCCUCCACCAACGUUCGGGCCGGACAUGACGAUCGACGAGUACGUGGAGAUUCCGGGUGUUGAUGACGUCAUGACCAAGUUUUACUUCAACAGAGACUGGGACUCGGUCUGGCACGGAGGCGUGUGUACGGGGGGGGCGAGACCCGUGCCGUACCGCCCGGGGGGAUGGGAGGAAUUCCACCACUGGCAGGCUAACGCCGCCGUGGGGGCGCUCAUGGAGUACCAGUUUUUCGGCGUUUGGGAGCUGUGGCAAGCGUCGUCGCAACUGCUCAGGACCACGCUCCGCGCGGAGCUGUUGGACUCCGCGGACCUUGACCCCGCGCCAGAGAACGCCAUCGACAUGCUCGGGGUGGGAGAGGGCGGGGCGGUGGAAGAGCAAGUGAGGCAUCUAGCACAAGACCCCGAGAUUCGAAGAGUGAUCGAGCAGGCUAACAAGAAGGACGUGAUGGUGUACUCGCGAGCGGUGAUGGAGUUCAAGCGGAGGUGCCGCUACUUCGGCAUUCCGGUCCCCGACGACCCGUACCUGUUGGCUGGCUGACGCGAACCAAGCACCAUUGUAUCAUCGUUCUCCGUGCCCCUGCCAUGUCGUGUUGUCUCUUGUUACAAUUUGGCGAUACAAGUGUCACUGGAAACCUUUAUAGUUGUUGUGCUUUCUUCUUUCUCUGUGUGCAUCUUUCUUUCCUUGAGAAGAUCCCAGGUUAGUUUUGCCCCAGGUGCUGCAUGAGAGAUCCUUGUCGCACGUUCACAUUUGACUAGCUGGCUCCUUUGGGAACACGCGCCCCCCCCGCCGACCCGUAGUAUCCGGCCUAGAGUAUCUAUCUAAUAUUAUAUUGUAUUCUUUUGCGAUUGUUCGUGUGUCGGUUGGGGAUAUCCUAUCCCGUGCCAUGUCACGUUAUGUCAUGUCUCGUGUGCUCUUCUCCUCCAUGUUGGUAGUAGUAUGGUUGGCGGGUGUUCCAAUGUUGGCGUUAUUGUUGCUGCUGCCGCUGUUGUGUUCCUUUUGCACCAGACCACCGUAGGCAGACUGGCCUGCUACAAGUAUAUGUAGUUUCCUUUGUUCAGUCGUCGGUACCCUAUGCGGCAGGUGAAACCUCUUGGCAAAGAUGGAAUAAUCUAGUCAAGUUGUGUUGUGCUUUGUACCGAGGGGGCUCCCGCAAGGUGAGCGUGAACCAACCUGGUACAUAAAACCCGCCCUCUGCCGCCCACGACUGACUGCUGUACUUGGUCCUCAUUGUGGUAUCCUUAUCGGUGAUGGAGUCAAUGGUCUUGUGCUUCGUAUUACGUAUUCAAGCCUAACUAUACCGUAUCUCAAAAACUACCCCAAUUCGUUGGCGA